CCGGGUUUCGUCGGGACGCGUCACUAGGAAUAACAAUGUCCUAGCGAAGGCAGUACCACGUCUCUAGGCCGAUCCCCCUCAUCCUUGUUCCACUUCUCUUCCAGAAACCAUCACAUACAUCCCCGUGUCGACCAUCCCGAUCACCAUCGUACACCUACUACUACCCUACACCCAUCGUCAUCGCGUCCCACCGUUACACGCGCUGAUACAGAUUCGGCCGCGCGCAUACACACACGUUGCAUACGCACGUCCACGUCGGUGUGUGCCCGAAGAAGAGGAAAGAAGAAAGAGGAAGAGAAAGAGAGAGAGAGAUAGAGAGAAAGAGAGAGAGAGAGAAAAAGGUACACACACAUAUAUACACGCGCUUUCAACAUCCCCGCUUCUUUCCUGCCUCCCUUUCUUCAGCGUCGAUCCCGCGGUGAAAAACGCACGGCCGCACGAUAUCUGUACACACAGGAAGAUACAAACACGCGCGCGGGCUGACUGCCGCCGAGAGAGGAAAGAGAGAGAGAGAGAGACAGAGAGAGAGAGAAAAAUCAACGCGAGCCUAGUCCGAAACUAGCCAAGUCCAAAAUCCUUAAUCCCGUGGGGUGAUCCUGGCCCCGCCCGUACGCGAAGGAACCACACCCCAGCGAGUGAGAGAAGAGGAGGAGGAAUUCACAGGCUCUCCGGAUUUUACAGGCUCCCGGUGAUGAGAGCGACACGUUGCGGGGGUUAAAGUGGCUGUUGAGAAGGGCGAGGAGGUGGCGAGGCUCGUAAAAAUCAGCACCGGGGGCGCAAGAUCCGGGCAGCGGUAGUGGUGGCGGAGCGGCAAGAGUACUAUGGGAGCGGGGGUAUGGGGGGCGGAGGAGGGCUACAAGCCACGGACCUCCGGCGAAGGCUCGAGUUCCAGUGCACUGGCGGAACUUGUUCGCAGGCUUUUCGGUCCCUAAGGCACGACGGCUAUCAUGCUACCGAGGAGACCGCCGCCUGCGACGACCACGAGGACAGGAGGACUGACCACGAAGCGGUUCUCGCUUCCGGUCAGCCCACCUGCACAGGUUGCCGGCCUUACAGAUGUCAGGAGAGCGAAACGGUUGAGAAAAAGGAGACUCUGAAGCGACGUAUGCCCGAAUCGGAUGGGAUCGGCGCGGUGUACCGGAAGCUGCGGCUUUGUCUGGGCCUGUUCAAGAACGCGAGUAAGAACGACGAAGCGGAAGACGACGAUGAAGAGAAGAGGCAUCGGUUAAGAUGGUGUCGCGGGGACUUCCGACGAAUCGUGGAAAUGGCGGCGAGAGCUUUGCUCUUUGGCAUCGCGCUCCUCGUCACACCAG